AUGGCUCAAGCCCCACCAACUUUCAAGCUCGUCCUCGUCGGUGACGGUGGUACCGGAAAGACCACCUUCGUCAAGCGCCACUUGACUGGAGAGUUUGAGAAGAAGUACAUCGCUACUCUCGGUGUUGAGGUUCACCCUCUCGCUUUCACCACCAACCUGGGUCCGAUCCAGUUCGACGUCUGGGACACUGCUGGUCAGGAGAAGUUCGGUGGUCUGCGCGAUGGAUACUACAUCAACGGCCAGUGUGGUAUCAUCAUGUUCGAUGUUACCUCCCGUAUCACCUACAAGAACGUUCCCAACUGGCACCGUGACCUUGUCCGUGUCUGCGAGAACAUCCCCAUUGUCCUGUGCGGUAACAAGGUGGACGUCAAGGAGCGUAAGGUGAAGGCCAAGACCAUCACUUUCCACCGCAAGAAGAACCUCCAGUACUACGAUAUCUCCGCCAAGUCCAACUACAACUUCGAGAAGCCCUUCCUGUGGCUCGCCCGAAAGCUGGUCGGCAACCAGAGUCUUGACUUCGUCGCCGCUCCCGCUCUCGCUCCUCCCGAGGUCCAGGUCAACCCCGAGCUCCUCGCUCAGUACCAGAAGGAGAUGGAGGAGGCCCAGAACCAGCCUCUUCCCGACGAGGAAGACGCCGACCUGUGA